CGAUUAACCGUUAAAAUCACCGAUCAAACCAUCCCCUAUCUUCAUCGCCUAUUCCACCGCUUCCCUAACCUCGGGUCCCUCAAACUCACUAUCCAAUCCAAAACCAUAGAAGAAAUCGACGAUAUUCUAACCCUAAUCUCCACUUUCCCUUUCCACAACAUCAAAUCGCUCAAUCUCUCCACCAGACCCAUUCCUAUUCGUUCCAAUGGCUUGAUAGCUUUGUCCAAAACCAUGAAAAAUUUGAAAUUUCUCACUUGUUACAAAAUGGUUCGGGUAGAAAAGAAAGAUUUAUUCUUCAUCGUUGAUUGUUUUCCUUUACUAGAAGAGCUCAAUCUCACUUAUCCCUGUAUUUGUUGUGACAAAGAUUUUAUGGUAGAUGAUAAUGAUCCAUUAUUGGCACUUCCCAAUCUCCGCAGGAUUAACCUAUCUGGUAAUCACAUUGCUGGUGACCAAUUCGUUAACUUUCUCCACCAAAACUGCAAGCUUCUUCGAGUCUUCGUACUCAAGGACCGGAUUAUACGCAAAUUUAGGAAUUCCAAAUAUGAUAGGAGUGAUAUAAUAUAUUUUUAA